AUGAGGAGCCCGAACUUGGGCCGGAUGGCCGAGGAGUUCAGGGAAAAAACUGAUUCCGGAUAUUGCCCAUCACCGCAAAGCACCAUCAUACAGGAUGGUACGCUGCUGCUAGCCACAGCAUGGCUCGACAUGGGACGACUGGCCAAGUUUGUUUUGCACGGGGGUUGCAAGCCUGGAGACGUUGUACUGCACCAUCAGUUUGGAGAAGAGAGCGAACGUUCAAGUAAACUAUCGCCGCUAUAUGAGGCCUCGAGGCUAGGUCAGACAGAGACGGUCAGAGUACUGCUGAAGUACAACGGAAACAUAUAUGCAUCAGCAGAGCCUGUGGUCAUCUAUGUUAUCUGUCGCGUCAUUUGGCGGAUAUCUCGGUGUCGCAAAGGAGUUGAUGAUGAAGGACAAAACUUGAUUCAUGAGAACCGUCAUGCUACGGCGUUAGUCGGGGCGGUUAUUGGUGGCAGCUGGAAAGUAGCGGCCGCAAUUCUCGACAGAGAUCCGAACCCAGAUAACCCAGAGCAUUGCACCCCGCACCCAACUCUUCCAGACCGAUAUGAAAACAGGCCGCUUGAAUUCGCAUGCCUCUAUGGUUUCUCUUGA